UGUCAGUCUUCAGUCAUAUCUGUCAAAUCAAUGAAAGCAACACAAUGCGAGCAGCAUCGUUAUUUAUUUGAUUAAUUCUUGGUUAAGUCAAUGCUCCGUUCAUAAUAAGUUCCAAAAUCUUAUCCUAGGAAGUGGCCCACCUCAAUUUGUUGCAAAUAAUAAUUGUGGACGCUUUAAACCGUAUAUUUUCAUAUUAUUGCAUUUUACUACGACAUAUUCUAUCAGACGUGGUGAUUUCUAUUUUAUUAACACAAAAUGCGGUAUGCACAGUUAGUUGUGGGUCCUGCUGGCAGUGGAAAGUCAACCUACUGUUCAACUAUAGUAAAGCAUGCCAAUGACUCAAAGCGUAUAGUGGAGGUAGUGAACCUGGACCCAGCGGCAGAACACUUUGAGUAUGAACCGCUGGUGGACAUACGAGAACUCAUACACUUAGAAGAUGCUAUGGAGGAUGAGGAAUUACAGUUUGGACCCAACGGUGGACUUGUGUUUUGUAUAGAGACCCUUCUAGAAAACUGUGACUGGUUAGAAGAACAGCUAGGCGAUGUUGACGAUGACUAUCUGCUGUUUGACUGCCCUGGCCAGAUAGAACUUUACACACACCUUCCUGUCAUGAGGAAACUAGUGGACCUGUUGCAGAAGUGGAACUUUAGGAUAUGUGUUGUGUUCAUGGUGGACUCACAGUUCAUGAUUGAUGGUGCAAAGUUCUUGUCAGGCACAAUGGCAGCACUCAGUGUGAUGGUGAACUUAGAACUACCGCAUGUAAAUAUUCUCACAAAAAUGGAUCUGCUCAGCAAGAGUGCCCGGAGACAGAUUGAUGAUUACCUAGACCCAGACCCACAUGUGUUACUAGCAGACAUGAGAAACGCAAAAUCAAAAUGGCACGAGAAGUAUGCGAAGUUAACAGAAGCUAUCGGAGAAGUGGUGGAAAACUUCAGCCUGGUCCGCUUCUACCCUCUGAACAUAAAGGAUGAAGAAAGCAUUGAAAAUAUUAUGUUAACAAUAGACAAUAUCAUACAGUAUGGUGAGGAUGCUGAUGUCAAGACCCGAGAUUUUGAUGAAGAGGAUCCUGAUGAUGUAGCCUGUGAUUAAAGAUUUUUUAUUUUA